AAAACAAAUGAAGAAGAAAACCGGAAGCGUCUGCUCUCCUCCUGCUGGCGAUAGCUAAAGCUACGUCGGUGUCAUCGUCUUAUCGGCUUUGGGUUUGGCAACAGAAAAAAAACAGCCGUAUUUCGUGUCCAGCCACGAAUACCUAUUUCCACUGGGGUCUCUGGAGAGACUCUGAGCAACAGUUUGCAGUUGUUAAUUGGCCAUUUGCAGACUAACCUAUUCAUUGACCAGUUAAAAGAUGAACAACAACGGGAAUAAGAGAGCUCCAACCACAGCCACACAGCGACUUAAGCAGGAUUACCUCAGGAUAAAGAAAGACCCUGUGCCUUACAUCUGUGCUGAACCUCUCCCCUCCAACAUCCUAGAAUGGCACUAUGUAGUGAGAGGUCCUGAGAAAACCCCUUAUGAAGGAGGAUAUUAUCAUGGAAAACUUAUAUUUCCUCGGGAAUUUCCCUUUAAGCCACCCAGUAUCUACAUGAUAACACCAAAUGGGAGAUUUAAGUGUAAUACAAGGUUAUGUUUGUCCAUCACAGACUUCCAUCCAGACACGUGGAACCCUGCGUGGUCCGUCUCCACCAUCCUCACAGGUCUGCUCAGCUUCAUGGUGGAGAAAGGCCCCACCCUCGGCAGCAUCGAGACCUCCGACUACACAAAAAGACAGCUGUCAGCCCAAAGCCUGGCCUUCAACCUCAAGGAUAAAGUUUUCUGUGAGCUGUUUCCUGAAGUAGUCGACGAGAUGAAGCAGAAACAGAAGGCCCAGGAGGAGUUAAGCGCCCGCACCCAGCCCCUCCCUUUACCCGAUGUGGUGCCCGACGGUGACCCUCAGCACGCCCACUACGGCCUCCCAGCCCUUAACGGAGGUCCCGUCCCACUCGGAGCCGCCAACCCCGCCCCCGGCCUACAGCAGGCCAACCGCAAUCAUGGACUUCUAGGCGGGGCUCUGGCCAACCUGUUUGUGAUCGUAGGCUUCGCGGCGUUUGCCUACACAGUCAAAUACGUGCUGAGGAGCAUAGCCCAGGAGUGAGAGGAGCCGGUGUAGCUGGGCGAUGCUCCCCCCCGCAGGCGAGCCAGCUAGUGGACUCCACAUUCUACAAACACACUACGUGGGGGAAGGGAUGUUCAGUCCUGGGUUAAACCCCUCCACAACCACCACCACCACAACCACCACCACCAUGGACUUUGGAAGAUGGAAACUCAAAGCCGACCCACCCAGGAAGGAUUGAGAGGAGGGGGAAGAGGAGGUGGGGGAGUGGGUGGGAGUGGCAGUAGGGCCAGGGGAUUGGAGGGGCUCAUUAAAACGGUUGUGAUCCACUCUGUGCUUCAGUGGUUAAUGUCAGCAGUAGGACCAAGCUUGGCUCAUGGGUUGUGGAAGAGGGAGAACGUAGGGCACACAAGUGACAUUGUGCUGCACCAUGCCGGAGGCUGGUCACAGCAGCACAGAUACGCUUUAAUGAGCGCCAUCGUGAACAUUACUGAUAAAGGCUCAUUGUGUCCGCCUGCUCAUCACCUUUACCAAAAUAUUCCCCUCUGCAGUGUUUCCGUCAUCAGCUCAAAGAGACUCCUCAGGGUGUGACUUAAUGCAAAAGUUUUUAACGUUAAAAGAGAACAGGAGCACUACACAGAUCAGGUGUGCUGCUCUCCUAAGUAAUGUUGUGCAUUUGAAGCAGGUCGACUUAGUUAUUUGCACUCGUCUUUUUUUUCAUAGCAUCAAGGCAUCAGGUUUCAUUAACAUUCAGCUGCAGCUCAAGAACCGGUUUUUUGCCCUCAUUGUCUGUGUAUCACGGGUUCAGUAGCUUUCCUAGUGAUGCAGCUGAGGUGUUACAUGUGCUAAGAAUAUUUUUUUUUUUAUUGCAUAAAUGGGUUCUUGAUUUGUGGUUAAAGUUUUGCAACAGGGGGAGCGUAGGCAGGAAGUCUUAAAUGUGCCAGUUAGUGAUCUGUGAAAGGCUAGUGUGGAAAAAUGUCACACAUAAAAAAAAAAAACACGCUGAGGCAUGCUUAAAAAAACAGUACGAACAAAGAUGGAAGACAAGUAGAACCUCAUUAUUUUGUCAGCCCUUCCUUAUCUCAGUGGAAGGAUUUAUUUUCUUCACCUGAUGCAUCCCAGGCUGGGUAAAAGGUUAAGAAAGUAGUCUUUCUACAACAGAGUAUAGAGAGUGUAUUUAUAUCUGGAAGGAGAAUCAUAAAAACCCCAAUUUGGCAUGUUUGUGAUAGCGCUUCAGAUUCACAGCCCAGAUGUUCUAUCCUGUCAACCCAUGAGUCAAGCCAUGAACCCAGUGUCUACACAGAAUAAAAAUAGAGACCUGUACCUUUUACCAAAUUGGCUUAGCUGACCAAUAUAGCACCACUCUAUGUAGGCCCAAGUAAGGAGACACGUGAAGACAACCGACAUUUUUUUUCUGUAUAUUUUCUUUUUGAUCAUUUUUUUUUUCUCUUUGUGUUUCGUUCUCUUUAUUUAUAGAAACGGCCUCGGCUCGUCUCGUCGGUGUUCAUAAGAAACGUCUGGUGUUUGCUAAGCAGAGCAGGCAAAUGCGCAGACAGGCCGCGGCCCAGGCUCACAUAAUUGCUGAUAAUUUUACUGUUGUGCAUUGCAUUUAGUAAAGAUGGUUCUACUGUGUAUCUAAUGUUUCAACAGAAAAAUGGUCUGAAUGCAGAAGAUUCGCCUUUCUAUCACUCUUUUCUUGGCACCAUCUUUUAAAAAAAAAAAAAAGACAAACUGCUGGUGAUGGGAGUGGGGUUGUGUGAUGAUUCAGCAAAUGCCCACAUUUCCAUGCUUCAGUUAAUCUUGUGUGACAUUGUAUGUUUUCAUAGUAAAUGCAAAUAAAUUACCCUGCUUGGCAGGACAUUUUAGAAAA